GCAAAACUUCCGGUUGAUCAAAGCAAACGGCAAACAUUGUAUUGGUGUCGGCCGAUGCUGAGACAGUCAAAGUAGCUAAUCCGCAGUUGGUAAAGCAGGGAGUACAUUUAGAUUCUUUGUCUUUGAAGGCAGACAUGGUGAAGAUCACUUUUCACCCAGUCGGCGGGCAAAAAUCCGAUAAGGAAAAUGAUGGAGAUAAAACGGAGAUUCUCAUACCACAUCACCACGAGGAGGAGGAGGAACUGGUUCUUCCUCUCCAUCCCAAGAAGUCCCCCAUGAAUGGCCUUUGUUGCCUGACAUUUGGACUAGUGGUCUUCAUGUCUGGCUUGGUGCUUGCAUCUAUCUAUGUGUAUAGGUACUACUUCAUACCUCAGAUUCCCGAGGAGAACCUGUUCCACUGCCGUGUGCUGUACGAGGACUCCGUCUACGCACCACUCCGUGGACGUCAGGAGCUGGAAGAGAACGUGGGGAUCUACCUGGAGGACAAUUAUGAACAGAUCAGUGUCCCUGUGCCACAUUUUGGUGGCAGCGACCCAGCUGACAUCAUUCAUGACUUCCACAGGGGUCUGACGGCAUACCACGACAUUGCACUCGACAAGUGCUACGUCAUCGAGCUGAACACCACCAUUGUUAUGCCUCCACGGAACCUCUGGGAACUGCUUAUAAACGUCAAGAAGGGGACCUACUUACCGCAGACCUACCUCAUCCAGGAGGAGAUGGUGGUGACAGGCCGCAUUAGAAACAUGCGCCAACUUGGAGCCUUCAUCUACCGACUGUGCAACGGCAAGGAUACCUACCGACUGAAGCGCCGUACCUCCAGGAGACGCAUUGAGAAACGCGCGGCGCAGAAUUGUCACCGAAUCCGUCACUUCGAGAACACGUUUGUGGUGGAGACCACCAUCUGUGACGCGGCCUAGCUCGAGAGCUGUGAUUCUCCGUCCAGCGUGAAGGCAUCUCCCCAGCCACUGUAGCCCCGUCUUGUGCGUUUAGUUUCAUUUGCACUUUCAGCGUGGUAUUGUUUGUUCUCUCUGAUUUAAACCUGUACUGUAAUUGAUAUUUGUCAGUGUUGAAUUUUUGUUUUCAUUUGUUAAAAUAAUGUGAUUAAAUAAUUGUUAGAAUUAUUAUUGAUUGUUAUUUAAAUGUGACCUGUGCACAAUCAUGCUGUUCUAUAUACUCAGCAGAGGAUGAAGUAUAUUCCCUAUGUGGAACAACAAAGGUUUUUGUUGUCAGUGUGAGGGAUAUGAUGGCUGGUUAUAUCUUUGUUUCCAUGUGUCAUGGUGACUUCUGUUUCCUCCAUCUUGAGAAAUUAUGGUGUACUGUUCACCUAGUGAUACAAUCUCCUGAGUGCACUUUGCCAAGUAUGUCUACAUAAACCUGCCUUUCUCUGCAUACACACUCCUUUUGCUGUUAUGCUUUCAAAUUUCUUUCCAUCCUGAGAUCUUGAAAAUGUGCAUACUCAUUCAUGCUGCAGACCUCUCUUUUCCAGGUUUGUUCCUAAAUGCUGUGUCCUUGAAUAUGCAGAGGAAGCAGCAGAAUUCUGAUAGUUCUGUAUGGUAUUUCAGGUCCUGUGUCCUGUGGUGGUCAGACUUUGUGGGAGAUUGUAUCCAUGACAUCAGGACAUUGUCAAAUAGCUUGAUGUUCUUAAGUCACAAAAGCAAUCUUAAGGGACACAUUUAAGCAUUAGUGUCAAUCCUUAAUUUUUUCACAUUUAAAAAGUGUCAUAUUUGAUACCUUUUCACGCUGGCAUUUUUGAAGCAAUAUCCAUUCAAUGUAUAUGUGUUCUGUAAUUGCUGUUGGGUGCAAAAAUCUUGCCAAGUAUUCAGAUGUGAUGAUACAGGCACAGGAACUUGCAUAUCAAAUGCAUAAAACCAAGCGUCUGUUGUAUACCUAUUAGGCAAUUAUAGCAGAGACUUGAGGCAUUUCAAAGAUUUGAUGGUUUAUAUCGCUCUAAUAAAGAUCUAAUUAACCUCCCCCUUUUUGAAUUUUACAAAGUUCUGACUUUGAGCAUAUCUGUUGACACUUUUGUCUUUAAAAUUAAGUUUGAUAUGUUGUUCAAUAUUACCACGUCAGAAGACAUAGCAGACCAUCUCUAGGCAGUCUUCUAUCUUGAAAAUACGCUACUGCUGGAUUAUCUUCUAUGAAAAUUAAACACUCUGCACUCCUUGUGAUACUCCCCCAAGUUAACCAUACUGCUUUGUUUGGAGGUGUAGCUUUGUUUGGAAUGGAACUCUGGGAUUUGGAGUAUGAAAAUAAGCUGUUGUGACCACCAAACUGAAAAAUCAAGUAUUGACACUUUAUGACCUUGUGAGCUUAAUCUAUUACCUGUCAUGCUCCUCUCCCCUGUAUAUGUAGCACAAGGGGUUAUGAUUCUCUAAUUGGUCAUCACUUAUUUUUACUUUCACUUUUAAAAUACUUUUCAGUUUAUGAAAUUAACUUUCCCUCUAGCAAAAUAGACUCUGUCAUGGGGAAAAUGUGCAUUCAUGCAUCUGCACCCCCUUUGUUUUUCUGCUUCUUUUGUUCAUUUCCACUUCCUUGACUGUGUUUCUUCACUUCUGGUGCACUUUGGAAAAUUGGCCUCUCUUUGGUUGCCCUGCAUGUCAAUUUCUCAAAUACCUGUACUCUAUGAAUAUUUUCUAAGACCAUGAAAAGCCUUAGUUCAGCACCUGAACUAAAGUUAUUGCUGUUGUAAGAGAAUUUGUCAACCUAUACCUUAUCUGUAUAUUUUGUCUGCUGGUAAAGCCUAUCUAUGAAUAAAUUAGUGAAACCA